AUGGCGGCCGAGCCCGAAUUCCGCGGCCCCACAUCUGCAGAGCUCAACGCCGCGAUCAGCGCGAGCUUUGGGUCGAUGGACGGCCUCAUGGAGGCAUUUGGCAGGGCCGCCGCGGGCCGCUUCGGCAGCGGCUGGGUGUGGCUUGGCGUGAAGCCGGACGGCCAGCUUGCCAUCACCUCCACAGCCAACGAGGACAACCCCCUGAUGUCUCUGGAGGGUGUGGAGCCCAUGAUCCCUAUCCUGGGCCUCGACGUCUGGGAGCACGCCUACUACCUCAAGUACCACCAGCGCCGGCACGAGUACGUCGAUGCCUGGUGGAACGUGGUGGACUGGGUGAAGGUCUCAGCCCAUUACACUGCUGCAAAGGAAGGGAAGGCUUUUGAGGACUGA